AGAGCACGCGUCCUCCGAAACUUCAGUGCAAAACGCGCGCUCGAACUCGAAGGAUCCUCCACUUGACAGAGAAGAGAAAGAGAGAAAGGGGUGGAAAAGGAGACGGAGAAGAUCCUGUUGUUCGUACGGGAUCUCUCGAUGCGACGCUCAACAGUUCUAGGGUGAUCCCCUGUGUGUCUCUGUCCGACUUGUGAUUUGUCGCGAUUUCGGUGUUCUUCGUCCGGGGAUCUUGAAGAAAAUGUGGGGUCGCGAAAUAAUUCUCGUAAUAUCUUUCGCGCUCAUAGCGCUCGGAACUGCGACGAAAUGUCCGAAGAGAAAAAUGUCGCCAGUCCGAGAAAUUCUCUGCUACACUUCCGCCCUCGAAGCUGAACCACUGGCCGACUCCAUAUGCGGCUGCACCACUCUAAUGCAUCAGCAUCAUGACGUGCGAAAUCUCUCGGUUUCCAAUAUUGUCGAAUUGCAAAAGUCCUUAAAAGAGAUGCAUCCGUCUCUUCAAUUUGUAAUCUCUAUAUACGAUCCCGAAAUGACGCUCAGAACUUCCGCCAUGGUUCGACAGGAAGCUAUCGCUCAGAUUAUUGCUGUUAUUCAAGAGGUGGAUGGCGUGGAAUUGAAUGUGACAGCAGGUUCCAAAGAGCGUCUUUACAAUUUCGUCAAAAGUCUGAAAGACGAAAUGAUACGAAAAUCUUACGACAAAAGGAUUUUCCUAGCUUUACCCAGUAAACCGGAGGAUCUGGCUAAGCAGAUUGAUAUUAAAGAACUCGUAAAAUAUAUCGAUCUAUUUACGUUAUCGACGGAUUAUUUGACGGAUGAGGACGGAGCCUUCGUCACUUUUCAUCCCUCGCGUUUGAUGGGGCUCUUCGACGUACUAAAUACGGAUAGUUUGGUGGAUUUGAUAAGCGAAUUAGGUGCACCCAAACAGAAGCUUAUGAUAACUUUGCCAGCUAGCGCAUACAGAUUCUCUUUGAAGAAUGAGGUCGAGAACGCUCCUAGAUCGCAAACCACGGUAAAGGAACCCACAGCCAUCGAUCGUAAACAGCUUUGCGAUGCCAUGAAUGAUGGGGAAUGGACCGUGGAACGAGAUGAAGAUCUCACGGCGCCUUAUGCGUUUCAAAACAAAACAUGGAUCGCUUUCGAGGAUAAGAUCUCGGUUGGAAUAAAGACAAAAUACGCGUUGCUGCGAGAUUUGGCGGGUUUAGCGGUAAGAAACAUAGAAGACGACAUAAAAACCGAAUGCGAGGAGCCACUCACGGAGGAAAUACGGCGUUCUUUCACGGAGUUUAGAAGAAAAUCGCGACAGGCCGUACUGAACGAAUUGGAAGACGAGCUCCAUCAAAUUCAAUUCUCGUAUCCUAGUCGAGCGAAAACGUCCAGCUACCGCGUGGUUCGUGUAGUAGAUACUGAGGGACACAUUAGAGCUGUUCGCGAGAACACGCAGACCGAGUUUGUCUGUAGAAGACAAGGUUACUUUGUUCAUCCCAAGAGUUGCAACAGAUUCUAUCGCUGCGUGAAAUUCAAUCAAGCGAUAGAGGACUACUCCGUCUUCGAAUUCGACUGUCCGGCCGGUUUAUCAUUCGAUGAGCGAACCGAGGUCUGCGUCUGGCCGGGUUCCUUGCCUCAGGGUUCACCCUGUCCUGGUAGCAGCGAGAUUGCUCCGGUUGCACCGAAGAGAUUCGAAUGCUCUCAACCUGGUUAUUAUGCAGAUCCGCAAAACUGUCGCUGGUUCUUCGCUUGCAUGGAUCUGGGCGAGUCGGAGUUAAUGGCGUUCGAGUUUCGCUGUCCUUAUGGCCUGGUGUUUGACGAAAGAAGAUUAAUAUGCGAAUGGCCCUGGCUGGUCCCGGCUUGCUCGGAAUCUGGAUCGGCUUACACCAGGACGGAAUACAAUUACGGAGGAUACACCGUAGCGGGAAGUUCUUCGGGAAGCGCUGUCGGUGGUGGUUAUAUCACAGGUGGUUUACCGGAAUACUCCGUCACGGGUCCCUCUAACAUAGACUAUUCCAAAACGACCGGCGUCCAUGGAGUGAACUUUGCAGGAUCCACCGCGGAAUAUUUCGGUAAACAUACUUCCGGUGCCGGCGCGGUUUCCGGGGGAUAUGCAGGAUCGGCUGGUCCAAUCGGUAUCGAUUAUUCUAAACCGAGCGGAUACGGAAGCACGAUAUCUUCUAUACCGACGUAUACUGGAUCGUCUGGUAUACAGGUCGGUUCGAUAUCUCCUGGUACCAUCGCUGAAAGUAAUAGAGAAUAUUCUGGGUCCAGUAGUAAAAUUGGCGAUGCCGGAUAUACCGCAUCUACCGGAUACAGAGCCGAUGGAGGAUACUCUGGUGGAUAUACCGGAGGAAUUGCUACAGGUUUCUCUGGAUCUGCGACGGGAGGAUAUUUCGGAAACGUUGACGGAAGUCAUUUGACAACAGGUGCAACUUAUACGGGCAGACCUCCGAGUUAUUUGGCAUCCUCAGCAUCACCCGGAUCAUCCGUCAAUAUUCGUGUAGAUUCCACUGGUUCUAAAUACGACGGUUCAGCAAAUCUAUAUACAGGCUCCGGUGCGUUUAGUGCUGAUGGUUACUCGGGUUCUACCGGCACUUAUUCAGGAGCUCAACCUGGAGGUCAGCCGUUCGAUAGAACCGGCUCGUCGUUUGGAAUUCAAUCGUCUCAUCCCGGAGCUGUCGGAGGAUCGACAAGAAUAUAUGAAGGACCGACUGGAUAUUCUACGAGCGGAAUUUUGCAAGGUUCGACAAGCUCAGGUCGAGUGUCAGCGACUGGUUUCGGUAGCGACGUCUCGAAAUCCGUAACUUCAGGAAUUUCUUCCGUCUCCGGGCAUACGAUUGCUGAGGACGGACAUUUUGUAAGCGGUGGUGUAUCAUCUUCUGGAGUAAUCGGCGGUACCUCGACAAGAACAAGAUACGACGAGGAAGGAUAUACAGUUCCUGUGUUCUUAGUACAUGGAGAACCGACUUAUCCUUUGCUCAGAGCAGAAGAUGGAGUGAGAGAUCGUACUGAAACGCCAGAUUACAGGAGACCCGAUUUUGCGAGACCUAGUUUGAACGUUAGCAUUUUUGGCAAUGAAGUUCCUACCGGUUACGAUGUUCGAAAAGAUGAAAUCGGUGCGUUCGUGACUGGUAGCGACGUACGAGGUACUUUUAGCGGUGGUUCUACUUCGGGGGCUGCUUUCAAUUAUGGAAAUGUUCCCGGUGCGAUCUCGUCUCCUGCCGUUAGUCAAGGUACUGUUUUAACAGGAGGAGGACAACCUGGAUAUAUCGGGGCUUCCGGAACAUCAGGAUACGUGAAUAGAGACGAGCUGCAAACCGUAAAUGUCGAAUCAGCUAGACCGGGAACUUUAAUAUACGGCUCGCCGACUCCUUCAAUUUCCGUGCCUUCUUCGACGUUCGGUGGCAUCGCCCCGGGAAUUUCUGGACAUACCGCUCCUGGAGGAUACAUAGGAAGUUCCGUUCGACCAGGAUUCGUCGAGAGUUCAACCGGUAAAGCGUACGUGUCGCAAGCAGGAACAAUUUAUCGCGGCGGUGCCGAAACAGGAGGAUGCUCAGGCAGUUCUUCAAGUGGAAGGUUGACACCGACGGGUCCUCAGGGUUUCAAAACUGAUGGCGGAUGCGGCAUCGAUGCAGGCAAAUAUUCGGAAAAUGACCUGCCGGAUUAUAGACCGACCAGCGCCACUCUUCCAGAGUCUAUCAUUCCUGGAGGUAGAAUAGAAGGUGGUGUUAUUUUUGGAUCUACCUCAUCACAAGGUGCGACCAGUGCUGCGCCAGAAUAUCCUCGACCUACAUCGGCCGUUUUCACACCGAGUGGAUUUACGAAAACCGGCGCAACCAGGACAGGUAUAACCACUGCCAUCCUCGGAGGUGGUGGUAGCUUCUCAGUAAGCACGAGCGAACGCCGACCUGCUUGGAAUGAAGAAAAUAUCAGUGAAAAAGCAUUCGAGGGUAAUGUUGCUGGAUAUACGAAGACAUCGUCUAUUAGCAACACUGCUGGCUUGUCUGUUACCUUAACUCCACCUGGCUAUUCUUCAACAACUCCACCGAGUCGUGUCAUUCCACUAUCAGAUACGUCCGGCUACUCGUAUCCUCCACCUGGCUAUUCUUCAACUCCACCGAGUCGUGUCACUGCACAAUCAGAUACUUCCGGUUACUCGUAUCCCCCACCUGGCUAUUCUUCAACAACUCCACCGAGUCGUGUCAUUGCACAAUUAGAUACGUCCGGCUACUCGUAUCCUCCACCUGGCUAUUCUUCAACUCCACCGAGUCGUGUCACUGCACAAUCAGAUACUUCCGGCUACUCGUAUCCCCCACCUGGCUAUUCUUCAACAACUCCACCGAGUCGUGUCAUUGCACAAUCAGAUACGUCCGGCUACUCGUAUCCUCCACCUGGCUAUUCUUCAACUCCACCGAGUCGUGUCACUGCACAAUCAGAUACUUCCGGUUACUCGUAUUCCCCACCUGGCUAUUCUUCAACAACUCCACCGAGUCGUGUCAUUGCACAAUCAGAUACUUCCGGCUACUCGUAUCCUCCACCUGGAUAUUCUUCAACUCCACCGAGUCGUGUCACUGCACAAUCAGAUACUUCCGGCUACUCGUAUCCCCGACCUGGCUAUUCUUCAACAACUCCACCGAGUCGUGUCAUUGCACAAUCAGAUACUUCCGGCUACUCGUAUCCUCCACCUGGCUAUUCUUCAACUCCACCGAGUCGUGUCACUGCACAAUCAGAUACUUCUGGUUACUCGUAUCCUUCGCCUGGAUAUUCUUCAACUCCACCAAGUCGUGUCAUUGCACAAUCAGAUACUUCCGGUUACUCGUAUCCUUCGCCUGGAUAUUCUUCAACAACUCCACCGAGUCGUGUCACUGUACAGUCAGCUACUUCCGGUUACUCGUAUCCUAAACCAAACGUUCAGCUUGGAAUUAAUGGCGCGACGUCAUCGAUUUCACCGAUUGAGAGUAAUUUACCGAUUUCAUCGCCCAGGCCGUUCUCAAGCAAUGUCUACGACGAAUCAUCGAGCAGCACUGCCAGCGUAACGUUCGGAUCUAGAAUACCAACUCAGCCGACCAAUCACCGCUUCUCAACCCCGGUCUCGUCCGUAGUUUAUUCUACUGAAAGUCCAGAGAUUUAUAAAACGACCCUCUUUGAAGCAGCUAAGAUUCCAGUAGCUGUGCCGACUGUUAGACCUGUCGACACCGGUUACAGGACUAGACCUUCAAAUAUCCCAGUCGCAACCGACGAGCAGUUUAUUCAACAAACUGAUUCGAGCGGCAAGAAGGAUUAUGGUGCUUCUUUAUCUUCCGAAUAUCUUCCAGCAAAGCCGACUAAGCCUGGUGUGUUCACGUCCACCGCGAGAUACGACGUACCUGCGACAACUGUGCGGCCAGGAAUAACGUACAAGAGACCUUCAUCGUACGAAGGUUCUUUGAUCACGCCUACCACGUACAGACCUUCCAAUUAUUACGUCGGUCAAGGUUUCUCGACGGCAUCCUCCGCAGGAAGGACUCCUGGCGGUGGUUCUCCGACAAGCCUGGGUAUUUCGAGAGACAAGAUUGAUAAAUUGAUUACAAACUACGACAGAGGUACUGCAAAGUAUGUGCCAAACGCGUACAAUACCAUCACGGCCCCUUCCAUUUCGACGACAUCCUCGUACGAAGUCACCACAAAGUCCCCAGAAGGCAAGGGCAAGGUCAUUGUGAAGUGGAGCGAUCUACAUCCUCUUCUUCUAGGCAAACUCGGAGCUGAGUGUACAUGCAAAGCCGAUCCUUUCGCCAAUCUUCGCGGCCCGGUGAGGAAGUUGAUCGACUCUUCGAAGGGCAAGGUGGAUCUCGCCAAUUACGACGAAUCCAACAUCUACGUCGAUUUUGAGAAGAACUACGGCUCUUCCGAGGAGGACAAUUACCACAACGAAUAUGACAGUUUUCCGGAUCAACCCUAUAAAAUUAGUCCGAUCGAAACGACGACGAGCAUCCCUCCGUCGUCUUCUUACUUACCCGUGUCUUCGACGACGAUCAGAACGAGAGAUUUCCGUCCAACAAGUGACGCACCCUUCCAGCUUAAUCUUCGAACUGGCAAGAAACUGAAGGACUUCGAGCCACCACCGAUCGCUCAAGAUCUAGAAGACGAUGAUCCCGAUCAAAUAAUCAACGGCGCCACCGACUGCGCCAGGCCAGGCCUCUUCAGACAUCCCAGUCUCUGUAAUAAGUUCUACGCCUGUCAUUGGGACCAGUGGAAGAAGAAAUUCACGCUUCACAUCUUCAAUUGUCCGAUCCACUUGACGUUCGACACAAAAGCGAGCGCGUGCAAUUGGCCGAGUAAGGGCCCAGCUUGCCAAGCCGACAAUCUAUUAGUGGUGGUGUGGGCGGUGCUGAUAUUGGCAGUGGUCGCGUUCACGGAUGCUGCGGUACCAGAUCCACCGGAAAACUCUGGCAUCACUACGAUCGGUUCCAAAAAGCUGGCGACCGCCGCCGACUGCGCCGGGGUCGUCGCCUUCUCUGCCACUCAAGGCUCGGUGAAUGAAGCUAGACUCGUCCUCGCCGAGACUCUGGUGGACAAAGGAGUCGGCUACGCGGCGGAGACGGGCAUCUUCACCACUCAUUGUCCAGGCCUCUACCAAUUUAGCUUCGCCGGCUACGGUAGCACGGACCUGCGGUUGACGUUGAAGCGUAAGUUGAACAAGUCCGAUAGCUGGAGAACAGUUGUCAGCGCUGGACCAAACGGAGGAAGCAAUCUGGUCCUGUUGGACGUCGAAGCCGGCGAUCAGCUUGCUGUCUUCGUCGAGUCCGGGAAGAUCUCUGAUGGGGCUACCUUUACGGGGCAUCGCGUUUACAAAAGAUAAGCUGGACCGUUUAAAUCUUCAAUGACAUAUCAGGCUGAUCAUUGUUAUGCAAAAAGCGAAAUUAAAGUACAAAUCCGUGAUACAAUGUAAUAAUAUUUUACUAAAUUAGAAUUUUCUGUUUAAACACGAAAAACGUCGAAUUUUAUGAGAUUAUCUUUCUCACAAGUCUUUAGUAAUUAUUAAAUAAAUCAAUCUUUGAAAAAUUAAAUUUUUAAUCAAGUUGCAGAUUGGAAAAUUAAGAUUAUACGCGAUAAACAAAAAUGAAGAUAAUGUCAGACUCUUGAAUUGAGAAAUUCUCAAUUUUUAUACAUAUAUACAUAUUUUUAUACAUAAAGGCAUCCGAAAAAAUUAAAACGCUUUUGCAAAAUCCAAGUACUGUUAUAAAUAUCAAUGUUAUUUCAUUUAAAAAGUUUUCUUGUGUGCCGAAAUAGAGUUUGUAAUUCGUGAUUCUAAAACUUUUCACGAUAAAUUUAAUAUUUUGUGAUAAAUGUUUCUCUCCGCUCUCAAAAUUUUAUUGAUCGAAUAAUUUUUAGACAAGAAGUAAAAACAAAUUUUUAAUUCUUUAAAUCAAUACAGAUUUUUUUCAGUUUUUCCGUCUAUUACUUCUUCCAUUUUGCUUUCUAGUUUUCUUCUUCACACUAACUUUCCCCUCGUUUUUCUCAGCUUGUUUUUCUCGUUAUUAAAAAUUAACGCAAUUAACAGAUCAACUUUCUCCGUUCAAUUAAGUUACUAUUUUUCUUUCUAUAUUUUCUUUUAUUAUUUAUGUAUCUCUAAUACUUUCUCUAGUCUUAAUUGUUCUCUAUUGUUUCGUUGUGUUCUCUUUUGAGAAAUUGUUUUUCUUCUCAACUCUAUAUUUUUACUGUCUGUUACAAAUUUUAUUUCUCCUUGUUUCAUAUUUUUUCUUCUAUCUCUUGUGCUUUCUUUUAGGAUAUUUCUCUUUAGAAAUAUUCUUAAAUAUUAUUAAAAUUAUCGUAUUUUUACUCUCUUGUUGCUUCUGUGAUUUCAUUUCUCUAUCAUUAUUCUAUCGUUAUUUUUUUUUAAAUUUAUUGUUCUUAUUUCUCUAUCUUCUUCUAGUCUAUCUUUUCUUCAGAGCUUAUGUGCUUUUUGCCAAAUUUCUUUUACUCUUUUUCUCUUGUAAUAUAAUUUUUCUCCUUUCAAUUUCAUUUUCUACUUCCGAUUUAAUCUGUGCAUCUUCUAUCGUUUAUUUCUUUUUUGUCUUUGUCUAUCUACCUACUUAUCUAUUUUAUCUAUCGAUCUAUUUCUAUCUCUCUUUCUAUCUUUUUCACUCUGCUGUUCAUUUGCUGUUACAGCAGUUACGUCGGAGAGAAGAAUCGUAAAAUUGGCAAAAAGAGUUAAAAUAAAAAAUAAAAAAUGUAUGAUAACGAAAAAAGAGGAAAGAUAACGAUUAUAAGAAUACUAAAUAUAUACUACAUGAUAAAAGAGAACGUGUGCAUCUAUGGCGAACAGUGCGAUUUAUUUUUUUACGAAUUAUUUUAUAAAUGUAAGAAAUGUUAACAAUAUGAAUAAAAUUGUGUAUACGCACAUAAUUUCAUAACUUUCCUACAAAAAUAUUCCUAAAAGCCAAUCACACUCUCCACUCUGAUAUAAUCUGAUAUCACAUAAUAAAUUUCUCUGGAAAACA